CGUGGAGCGCGGUGCUGCCUCUCCUCCUCCAGACCUGCGCUCCGACUUCAAGGGGAUAUCACUCGUCACAGGUUGGCUUCUGUCGCCCCCUGCUGGUCGUGGAUUGAAACGCGCUCAGCCUCCAGGGGUUGAGGGAAGAAUGCGCAGGACUAUUUGAGAUCUGUGGAUCUAACUUACACACGUGUGAGAGUGACUCAGUCAAAAUGGCCACAGAGUCUGUCCGCGCUGCCUACGCUGCCAUGGCCCCGUCCGCAGUUCCUGUGACUCCAUCCUCCGGAGGCCUGUACCCCAUGUUUCGCCAGUACCAGAGCAACGCAGUCAUACUGGAGCACUAUAACUUCACCGGUAAGCUGAAGGAAAACAAGUACAAGGACGGCGUCAAGCCCGAGGCCAUCGCCUUUCUGCUGGUGUGCCUGCUCAUCGUGUUGGAAAACGCUGUGGUUCUCAUCGCCAUUUGGAAGAACAAGAAAUUCCACCUCCCCAUGUAUUACCUCCUGGGGAACCUGACUCUCUCGGACCUGCUGGCCGGGUUCACCUACAUGGUGAACAUCAUGACGUCCGGCGCCCACACUUUAGGCAUGACCCCGGUUCUGUGGUUCCUGAGGGAAGGAGGCGUCUUCAUCAUGCUGGCCGCCUCCGUCAUCAGUUUGUUAGCCAUAGCGAUAGAGCGUCACGUGACCAUGGUGCGAAUGAAGCCGUACCAAGGGGACAAACAGGGCCGGAUGUUCGUUCUGAUCGGAGCCAGCUGGGUGCUGUCCGUGUUCCUGGGAGUACUGCCGGUGCUGGGGUGGAACUGCAUCGGCCGACUGCACCAGUGCUCCACGGUCUUGCCUCUGUACGACAAGAGCUACAUCCUCUUCUGCAUCACCAUCUUCAGCGCCAUCCUCAUGGCCAUCGUGGUGCUGUACGUCCGCAUCUUCCGCAUCGUCAAGUCCAACACCCAGCGCCUGGGCUCUGGCCCUCAGAGGAAAGGAAUGUGUCGCAAAUCCCAGAAGUACAUGGCUCUGCUGAAAACCGUCACCAUCGUUCUUGGAGUGUUCAUCGCCUGCUGGCUGCCGCUCUUCAUCCUCCUCCUGCUCGACUUCUUCUGUCCUGCCAAGAGCUGUCAGGUGCUCCUCAAGGCUGACUACUUCCUGGGCAUCGCCAUGUUCAACUCCCUCCUGAAUCCGAUCAUCUACACCCUGACCAGUAAGGACAUGAGGAGGGCCAUCAUAAGACUGCUCUGCAGACACUGUCUGCUCACCAAGGACGGGCAGAUCAAGAAGAUCGGGAUGCCCUUCCUGGAGUGCAGCACCAGCAAGACGGACGCUGCCUCUCACAGGCUUGAAGGACUGGAGACCACCGUGUCUUCAGGGAACUUCACCCCUUCCACAAUAAAAGCAAUCUUCCCCAAGAUGUCUAAGACCUGAUAACUGGGUUUCAGAACCACUGACUGGACCAGGCUGUUUGUCCAGCGUGAUGGGGAGAUGUUGCUGCCUCGAUCCUCUUCAAAUGUGAUGCAUCAAGACUUAUUGCACAAAGAUCCUCACUUGAGCUUGUAUCUCAAUGAGUCCGACGACAAAGACGUACGGAGGUCUGCGCCAUGUGAACACAGCUUUUACAACUCCAGUUUGGAUCAGAACCACUUCAACCCAGGCAGGGACACUUGAGUCAGAACUUCACGGAGGCUUCAGACAAAGAUCUGGUUUUGAGGUAAUCUGGGUUUAAAGCAGACUCUGACGGUUGAUGUCCGGACUUCUUCCUGUUUGUGAGUGUCGCGAUGGAGUGGAAACUUGUCUCUGUCCAUUGAAAGCUGGAGCUGCUCCGUGCAGGGACGGACAGCAAGCGUGAGCGCGGGUGUAUUUCUUUCAUUUGCCUUCAGCCUUUGGCUUUGCUCAAGGGCUGGUGUAAAAGGCAUCAACACAACAGCAUAUUUAGCCUCCGCACAACAAGCCGGCGAGGAUUCGGAUUGGCUGGAUCAUCAUCAAAUACUCGAACCAGCCGUUUGACCUACAACUGUGAGGCUUUCUUUCGACCGCACUCUCUGGUCGGCCUUCAGUUGCGCAGCCUAUGUUCCCCAGAUAAUUAGAAUUCACCUCGAAAAGUCUGUGCGCAAAUCCCCUGUGCGUCCCCUGCCUAUAAUGACAUGUUGUUACCGCGGCGGAGCAUCCACACCCAAACUCUGCUGCCAAAAACAUGCAAUUUCUGCCCUGUGAGUCUCCACAGACGCAGCUCCGGGUAAAGGACCCUCCCCGACCUCGACCCGGAGGUGAACUGAACCAGCAACCGUGAAGCCACGCCACAGAGAACUGGAACGUCACACGGGGGGAGAGACUUAAAAACCAAAGUGUUACUGUAGCUACAGCGUUCGGAUGGUUUUGUAAAUAAAGAGAGAAAGUCUAUUUACCGAGUUCUGCUUGUACAUAUGUGUAGCCGCCCAUUCAGGACGCAUCUGUAAAGUCACUUAACUUAUGUUCUUUUUGUAUGUGCACUGAAUAAACGU